UAACAUUUGUACUCUCGUCGAGUUUCUCGGCAACCAAACAGAAACGAACUAACAGGGCAAGGGCAAACUAAGCGAAGGGGGAAGAGAAAGUGCGAUAUGUCGGUGCUAAUAGUCACGAGCUUAGGUGACCUUGUGCUGGAUCUGUUUGUAGAAAAGUGUCCUUUGACCACCAAGAACUUCUUGAAGCUCUGCAAGAUUAAGUACUAUAAUGGCUGUUUAUUUCAUACGGUUCAGAAAGAUUUUACGGCUCAGACCGGUGAUCCGACCGGAACUGGAACCGGCGGCGAUUCUGUGUACAAAUUUUUGUAUGGUGAACAGGCUCGGUUUUUUGGCGAUGAGAUUCGUGUCGAUUUGAAGCAUAGUAAGACUGGCAUUGUUGCCAUGGCUAGUGCCGGAGAGGAUCUUAAUGCUUCUCAGUUCUAUAUCACUUUGCGGGAGGAUUUAGACUAUCUUGAUGGGAAGCACACUGUAUUUGGGGAGGUAGCUGAAGGGCUUGACACUUUGACUAGGAUAAAUGAAGCUUAUGUGGAUGAGAAGAACAGACCAUAUAAAAAUAUCCGAAUUAAACACACUUAUAUAUUGGAGGAUCCUUUUGAAGAUCCUUCACAGCUAGCUGAGUUGAUUCCUGAUUCUUCACCUGAAGGCAAACCAAAAGAUGAGAUUGAUGAUGAAGUACGGUUGGAGGAUGAUUGGGUGCCCCUAGAUGAGCAAUUAGACCCUGUACAGCUCGAGGAAGUUCUCCGUGAAAAGGAUGCACAUUCCAGUGCAGUUGUACUUGAGAGUAUUGGAGAUAUUCCUGAUGCUGACAUAAAGCCUCCAGAGAACGUGCUAUUUGUCUGUAAACUCAAUCCAGUCACUGAAGAUGAGGACCUACAUACGAUCUUUUCACGUUUUGGAACUGUUACAUCGGCUGAAAUAAUCCGUGAUUACAAGACUGGAGACAGUUUAUGCUAUGCUUUCAUUGAGUUUGAGGAACAAGAAGCAUGUGAACAAGCCUACACUAAGAUGGAUAAUGCAUUGAUUGAUGAUAGAAGGAUACAUGUCGAUUUUAGUCAAAGUGUCUCAAAACUUUGGAACCAGUACCGGCGCAGAAAUAACCAACCGGGUAAAGAGAGAGGCUGCUUCAAAUGUGGUGCUCUUGAUCACAUUGCAAAGGAUUGCACAGGGCAGCAAGCUCCCAAGUAUAUCUUAAAGGAAGAUAACAGACAGCAUGGUGGAUACAGCGACUCCAGGUAUGAAAUGGUAUUUGAUGGAGACACUCCGGAAAAUCCCAGACAAGAAAAGCGACAUCGAGGCCAUGAUCCGGAUGACCAAAUGGAGAAAUCAAAAAUGAAUAGGCAGAGUUAUGAGCGGAAAGACAGGGAUCAAGAAAAGAAAGAAUUAAGAGACAGGCACAGGGAAAGUGACAGAUCUAGGGAUCAUAGAGAUGACCAUAAAAGAAACCAGGAGCAUCUUGAAGAGAGAAGGGCAAAGGAAAAGCACGGGGAGAGACAAGGGGAUAGAAAUUAUCCCAGAAGGGAUGAGCGGGCAUACAGAAAGAGUUCUGAUAAUACUGAUCGCCACAGAGACAGAAGAGAUGAUAGCCAAUCCAAAAGGAGUGAUAACAGAGACUAUAGAAAGAGAAAUGCUGAAAUUGAUGAUUUUGGAGAUAGGAGAGACGAUGGAGAUUAUAGAAAGAGAAAUGAUGUUGGUGAUAUUCGGGAGGACAGGCGAGAGAGACAAGACACAAGAAAGGAGCAAAGUUAUAGAAAGGAUAAUGGAGAUGAAGAUAGUUAUAAAAGACGAGACAAUAGGCAUGUAGUUACAGAUAGUAAUGGUGAUCACAAUCGACAUAGAAGAGAUGGAAGCAAGGAUGACCACAGAAGGGACCGAGGUGAUAAAAGAAGUUGAAGUCUUCAACAUGCACGAAUUCUCUUAGUUUUAUAUUUCUACGCGAGCAUAAUUGAUAAUUAAACUUCAGGGUGGUUAACUGUAGUUUGUUAAACUUAUUGCACAUCUAUUGAAGUCUCUUGUAGGGCAGGCGUUUUGGUAUAAACAAAGACUUAUUCAUUUGUGAAUUUGAUGGGUGGAUUCAAGCCUAGAGUUUGGCCCCUUUUAAGUUUGACUUGA